AUGUCAUACAGACACUAUCGUUCAAACCGAAAGUAUGACGAGCCGACCGAGCGAUAUACCCCAGACGGACGACUAGUCAAAAACGAAUCACCACGAGAAACGAGAGAGGAUAUUCCCCUAAAAGAAAUUCUUCGGCGACCAGAUCUAAGAGAAGAAUUUCUCAAGGAAGCACGCGAAUCGAUAGCAAUCGAUAAAGAUGCGUUGAGGAAAGAGGAUGUGACAAUCGAAUCAGAAAGCGAUGAAGAAUUAUGGAGUAAAGAUAUCGAAGACAGGUUUUUUUCAUAUCGGCCAGGAUCUGAAUCAUUUAUUACGAGAGGAGAUGACGAUUAUUUUGCUUUCAGAGAAUUUUUCGUGAAAUAUAAAUCCCAUCGAAAAAUCAAAUUGAAACAGCUUGCUAAGGAACAGCCUUCGCAGAAACGUCUCACAAAAUCUGCAGAAGAGUUAAAAUCUGUGAAAUAUGCGCUGGUGCUAUUUGAUGAUUUUAAGAGAAAGAAGGACGCUGCAACAAAAGAAAAGAUUCAAAAGGAUCGUGCAGCAUUACCGAUUGCUCCAUUCAAAGAUGCAAUACUGACAGCGCUUCGUCGACAUCGCGUCAUUCUUGUCGCUGGAGAUACUGGAUGCGGGAAGUCAACACAAGUACCACAGUAUUUGAUGGAAGCAGGAGUUCAAAAGAUCGCUUGCACUCAGCCCAGGAGGAUCGCAUGUUUUUCUCUUGCCAAGAGAGUUGGUUAUGAAACUAUGAAAGCAUAUGGAUCUCAGAUCGGUUACCAGGUUAGAUUUGAAGGUACAAAGUCGAACAAAACACGCAUACUCUUCUUGACAGAAGGCUUGCUCCUACGUCAAUAUGCUAGUGACAAUUGGCUGGCUCAAUAUGAUGUCAUCAUAGUAGAUGAAGUUCACGAGAGACAUUUGAUGGGUAAAAACUUUGGCAUUUUUGGUGCUAGAGAUGAAGAUAAUUCGUUUUCUAACAAGAAUUAUUGCUUGUUUACUGAAGGUGAUUUUCUACUCGGAGUGUUAAAGCAACUAUUACGGGAUCGUGAGGAUGUUUAUAUUGUAUUAAUGUCUGCUACGAUUAACAGCGAACUAUUUUCAAAAUAUUUUGAUGCUCCGACAAUAACAAUUCCGGGAAAGAUGUAUGAAGUCGAAAUCCUUUAUCGCCCACACAACGAGGAAGACAUUAAUCUCAUUGAUGAUAAGAACUACAAAGCUAGGCUAGAGGCUGACAUCAAAUAUUCCAUUCCGGCCAAGUCCGAUCGCAUCGACUCAACACCAUAUUUAAAAAUCAUGGAACAAAUAGAUCAAACAUACUCAGCCAAUGAACGAGGUGAUUUGUUAAUUUUCAUGAGUGGUAUAAACGAAAUCUCACAGUUGGCUGAAGAAGUGAAGUUAUAUGCAAAUUAUACCAAGCGGUGGAUUGUAUUGAUGCUGCAUUCCUCGCUAUCAGUUGAAGAACAAGAAAAGGUGUUUGACAUUGCACCAGAAGGAAUUAGAAAAUGUAUUAUUUCUUCCAACAUUGCAGAGACGUCUGUCACUAUUGAUGGAAUACGUUUUAUCAUUGAUUCUGGCAGGGUGAAAGAGUUAGGACACGAUGAAGGGUUACAUAAAUUAUCAGAAUUUUGGAUCUCGAAAGCCAGUGCUAAGCAGCGUGCUGGAAGAGCCGGACGAACUGGACCAGGCAUAUGUUAUCGGUUAUAUUCUGAACGCGAAUAUCAGCAUCUGAAUGAUUUUGCCAUACCAGAGAUUCUUCGGGUACCCGUCGAACCUAUUGUUCUGCAAUUAAAGGCUCUUGAUCUCGGCGACCCAAGAGACUUUGAUUACGUUGAACGCCCGCCAACGGCAUCAAUCGAAUCUUCAAUAAAAUUUUUACAAAUGUUGGGUGCGCUCGACGACCGCGAGAAUCUGACCGCGCUUGGCAGAGUUCUUUCUAACUUGCCAAUAGAUGUCAUCUUGGGGAAGAUGCUCGUAAUGGCUACGGUAUUUGAUCUGAUAGAACCAGUGGUGACCAUAGCAGCAGCACUCAAUGUACAGUCUCCAUUCAUACGCUUAGGAAAUAAUCCGAAACCAGAAAUAAUUCAGAAUCGUCGCACUUUAGAUUCAUCUCAUGGAGAUCCGUUUACUCUACUUAAUGUAUGGCAAGAAUGGGUCAAAAUCAAAGCCGAUCGAUCGGAAUCAUCGCGAUCAUGGUGCAAGCGUCAUGGCGUCGAAGAGCAACGAUUAUACGAAAUAACCAAGUUAAAGCGACAGUUUGAAGACAUCAUGGGUGACGCAGGCCUAAUAUCGCAAGAAAACAAUAGACGAGAACAAGAGCGCGAGUGGAUGAGCGCGCGUGACAAGCGUAAACGGAAAGAACAACAACAUUUGCUUCGUCGGCAAAAAUAUAUUCAGAAAUCAUCAAAGAGAAGGAAAAUACUAAAGUUUCAGGAAGAAGGGGAGGAAGAACGAGACGAUACGGAUCUUGAACACAUAGAUAUACGCGACCUCGAAUUUAAUCUGUCUCAUGAUGCUAAAUCUCUUCGAGAAAAGUCAACGUCUGCACUUGCCUCUGAAAAAGAUAUAAACGUUCUGAAACUUAUUCUUUGUUCAGGUAGUCCGUUAAAGUUAAUCAUUUGGUUCAUUGUUACCGGGCCUAUCUUCAAGUUUUCAAGCCUUUCUGAUGUCAUUUUUGCUAUUUUUUUGUAUCGCUGUCUCAUAUAUACUACAUCUCGAUCCGGUGUUUUACCAAAAGAUGCAAAUGACGAACUUUUAGCCUAUGUUCAGUUACUGGAAACCAACAAACCUUAUCUUGUGAACAUUAUGCGUGUUCCGACAGUACAUACGAGUCUUCUGUUUGGCAGUUCCAUUGAUACUAAUGCCGACUGUUCGCUAAUUAUCGUCGACGACUACCUGGUACUACGAUUUCGCGGUGCGAGGAUAGCGGAAAAAGUGUUAGUCAUAACUUAUCAGUUGAGGAAACUAUGGGGCUUAUUGGUCGAACGGAAACUAGAGAGUGGUAAACGAAAGGCUAGUUUCUCCACGAGCAAAAGAGAUACCGUGGGAGACAAAGUAUCUGAUGACGUUCUCCUGACGAUGCCACCCGCAAUACAAAAGAUAUAUAAGGAUGAAUGGCUAAUGGACAAGUAUGAGCAGGAAUAUGAUGAAGAUGAUUUUUCAGCAUUAUCGGAAGAAUUGUCGCGUAAAUUGGCUGGUUUCAUGGAUUCACCGAUCACAUGCGAAACCGGGCGUGCCAAAGCUUCCGAGCUGUUAUUGAUGUCUUCUGGUCAAACUUCGAAAGAAGAGGAUCCAACAAUAUGGGAUUCUGAAAAAGUGGUAAAGCAUGGAGUUCAAAUAACGUCUUAUUUGCGAUGGAAUAGUGUCCACCCCAGCAGUCUUGGAACGAAAUCUUCUUCAGCAGACUCUGUCACAGCAAACAAGCGGCGUGACUACGUUUAUCGUUCUUACUGGCAUUGUGAGAAAUGCAAUUCGGAUUUUACCUUUAAUCAAACGGAAAUUGAGGAACAUACGAUGAGCGUUACCAAAGAAAUCCUUCGUAUAAAUACUCGCGAGGCAGAGCGCAACAUCUCCGAGACGGCCUCUUGGCACAAUCAGUAUGCGGAUUCUCCUUACAUAUUUGUCGGUAAUAUUCCAUUUGAGCUCACGGAAGGAGACAUUAUAUGUGUAUUUUCUCAAUACGGUGAAAUAUUGAACAUAGAUUUGAUUCGUGAUCAGCAGACAGGAAAGUCGAAGGGAUUUGCAUUUAUUAGAUAUGAAGAUCAAAGAAGUACGAUACUCGCAGUAGAUAAUCUCAAUGGUAUCAAGAUUCUAGGGCGUACGAUACGUGUUGAUCACGCAAGUGCCACUACAAAAGACGGGGAACGACGAACAGGGAUGAAUGCGCUUCCACAGAAGCAGAAAAGUCGACUACCUCACAAAUUAUACGGUGUAGCUAGUAGUGAAAACACGAUUCUGGUGUUGGUAAAGAAAUUAACAAACUGGCGAUUACUGCAAGUCGAUGAAAGAGCCUGUUAUUUUAAUGGUUACUAUAUGAAACGCACUAUUAAAAUCUUUAACUUUUAUUAUCUCAAACUAGAAAACGAAAAGGCCGCUGCAACAAAAAACAUUAGAUCUAUCAUACCACUUCUUGACCGAGUACUCAUUCAACGCAUCAAAGCAGAACAGAAAACCGCGGCAGGAAUUUUAAUCCCAGAGAAAUCAUUAGAGACUUACAACGAAGGUCAAGUAAUUGCUGUUGGAAAGGGUGCUCUUGACAAACAUGGUAAGCAUAUUCCUCCACAAGUAAAAGAGGGUGAUCGAGUGCUUAUCCCAACAUACGGUGGAAAUACCAUAAAAGUCGGGGAUGAAGAAUAUCACAUAUUCCGAGAUCACGAAAUUCUUGCAAAGAUUAACGAAUGA